AUGUCGACUGAGUACGGCGCUACAAGCUACGCCGCAAGAACGUCUUCCUACGUGCAGUAUCCCGCACGUCCAGUGCCUCCUCCCAAGGAUGAUUACGAGAGAUGGUACACCGAAGAGCGGCCGAACAACCGCAUGCUCCUGUCUUUGCGCUCCGGCAUUCCUACAGAAGUUCGAUGGGCUCUGGAUCGCCUCUGUCGUCUAUCCCACAACGAAAAGUUCAGCUUAAGGUCCUAUCCAGGCCUCACAGAUGCUCUAUUCGAGUGGCCAGAACGAUUCAUAUCUGGAUACGAUGAGGAUAAAGCGGACCUAGACAACCUGUUUGUGGCCUCGCAGGAUCGCCAAGGUCUCCGGAGAAACGCUCUGGAAUCUCUUUUCAUUCUACGUAACGCCUCAGUCCACGAGGUUAACGCUCUGGAACUCCAUGGUCACGCACAUACCCGGCCUUUGCUUGCGCAGACCCUCCAAAAGAUCAAGCCAACCUCAGAUGUCGAUGUCGAGUAUCUCAUUCAUGCUAUCGAUAUCCUCUAUGCGAUAUUCACCGUCCCUUCCUCGCAACCCCCUUCACGGUCUCAUAACUUCGGUCCCGCCAUCCUCCACAUCCUGCGCUACACCUCGCAUCGGUCGCUGAUAAUAACCUGCUUGACCACCCUCGAUAUCAUCAUGUCCAACCACGGCAAUUCUUUCCAAGUCUCUCCCGACUCACCUGCGUUGACGGCGGCCCUACACUAUCUACCCCUUUUCUCAGACAAACCGUUAUUAAACGCAUCUCUGAACUAUCUUUAUGCUCAUUUGUCAUAUUCAUCAAUGGUCAAGGCGUUUCUACUUCACCCUGGCAUGCCUAGUGUGCUUAGGCUACUCGUGAGCCUACUCAUAUCCGAGCAAGCGGAGGAAACCGUGACGCACACCAUAGGCGAGCCAGCAACCACCGUACCUGCCACUGUGGCGACAACCAAGGUUCACGAGCUAACCGAGGCCGAGUUCAAUGAGCUACUUCCUAAACCAGAACCGCAACGUUGUUACGAGUGGAUGAAGAUUAUGUUUGUGGCCAAAUCAGACGGCGAACUCACGCAAGUGGAUUUCUGGAAUUUAUACAAAGACGCCUUCAUCCCGCAUGCCGAGUCAUAUCCGCUUCUCGUGGCUUCCGAUGUCAUCAAGAACGUCAAUGUCGUCUUCCCUCAAGCUCAAGCCAUGGUUCUUCCCGGCCCGCCCCAGCGUUUUGUGGUCCGUGGUGUCGCCCGCCAGACGGAGGACGAGGAUGUGCGGUUCAAAUGCCUGUGGAAUCGCUCGCAGUGCCCCGUCGAGACUUUCAAUUCUCCUGGUGAACUAUACGAACAUCUACUAGAACAUAUCGCAACUGCCGACGAAGACGCGAGCUGCCAGUGGUCGAGUUGUGCUGUACAACUCCCACGACCCAAUCUUCAUACUCAUGUCCUCACCCACGUACGAAGCUCACAGCCCCCUGCACGUCACCCGCUUCAAGGCGACUUCGUCACUCUCCCCACCCAAAGCGCAACGCACCCUAUACCCGACCCCACCACUCGUCCACCGCCGCCCACACAGGCAGUUGUGAGCUACCGACAACCUAUUGGGGAGCCACUCUCGACAUCCCUGACGGCUCUGCUUUGCAUUCGACUGCUCUAUCAUUCAUCGUUCGCCUCUGUGGAUGCGGCGCCACGGCUCGAUGUUGAUCAUUUCGGAUUCCCUGGCUUAGUCGAAGAAGACGACGGGGAUCAUACACAACGAGUAGUUGUGACGACUGAGAAGGAGUUGGAAGGAGAAAUGCGUGGCCGGAGAGCUUUCGCGUCGACGAGAAAUCUCUUGGAAGAAGUAAAACUGCGCGAUGAUACGAUGAUGGGUUGGAUCAGAGAGAUGCUCGACACCGAUGUACUCGCGGUACACUGA